AUGACAUUGAAGUAUGGCGUCGUCGCGGCUCUUUUUCUGAUGCAGACAUUAGCAUCCCCUGGUAUCAAGCCUGCGGGGGAUGUUCCCAACCUUUCCAAGAGGUACUUUAUGAUCAAGCCGGAUGGCUCAGGCACCAAAGGCAAGCCUUGGCCCGAGGCCAAAGUUCAGUGGUGUUUGGACGGUGUUGGUAGCGAGGGAGACGAGUACGAGAAGCUGCUCCAGCUCGUCAAAGACAGCUGGAAACUCUGGCAGGACGCCGUGGCUCCUUACUCCAGUCUACAGUUUGAGCCCUCAAAGAGCCACGGCAAGCCUGUUUGCGAUGACAAAGAUAAAGACGGCGAGGUGCUGCACAUCGAAUUCGGCGGCGAACAGGGGUCCUGGGCGGAUUUGGGUUAUGCCGGCAAGGGGCAAGAACAUGUAUUGCACUUGUCCCCCACAGCAACGGCCGCUCUCUGCGCGCAUGAACUCGGCCAUGUGUUCGGCCUGGAACACGAGCACCAAAAGCCUGCAGCUUGGCAAGAAGAUAGUGACGAAAGCUAUAGCGAUACAUUUCCAUUUAGGUUCUACUGUGCGAAUUUGGCAGACUACGAUGCUUUAAAAGACAGAUCGGAUAUCGCCGACCUGUGUAAGGACUACAACGCGGCGACUGCGGCUGGUUUCUCAGCUGCGAACUGGUUGCCUUUUCGGCCCUCUCCGAGAAACUACGAAAUCGACGCCUUUGUCGACUUGGAUUCAAUCAUGAUGUACUCCUCAACUUCGGGUUCCAAGAAUGGGAAACCCGUCUAUCUCAAGCAAGACGAGUCGGAGAUCUCAGAGAACGAGAAACCGUCAAUGGGGGAUAUAAGAGCCAUUGCUAGGCUGUAUCCCAAAUAG